AUGGAAGAUGCUCGCAAAUACCUUGGUCAGCUGAAACAGAUUGUACAGGACUGGGAGACAAAGAAACCUUGGCUUCUGAAAGAUAAAAUAGAUGAGGUCCUGAGUGAUGGUGACAAGGUCAAAAAUUGGUUGGAAGAGAAAGAGGCCGAGCAGAAAAAGACUUCUGGAUUCAGCACUCCUGCAUUUACCUCAGAUGAGGUGUAUGAGAAAAUUUUCAAAUUUCAAGAGAAGGUUGCCAGCAUCAACCGAAUUCCUAAGCCAAAGCCAAAAAUUGAGAAGCCCACAAAGAAUGAAACCACAAACAAUGGGGCUAGCAGUGAGGAGAAAGCAAAUGCUUCGGACUCAUCAUCUGAGGAGACUCCCUCCUCCCAAGAUGAUCAAUCAGCCGCAGGGGAUUCAGAUGGCAAGCCCAACGAGGAAGCAGAAGCAGAAGCAGAAGCAGAUGUCCAUGAUGAGUUAUGA